UUAACUUUAACCCUUUCGUCACAACAUUCUUUAUCGAGGAAAAGAUGCUUGCCGAGCUUGUAGUAGCACGGAUGUCAUGACAGAGAAAGGGGAAGAGAAACCGGGCCUCCCUCAGGUCCCCCUCACGGACAAGGAGAGGAUAAUCGCCUUGUUUAGGCAACUGGAUGUAAACGAUGAUGGUAGGAUCGACGUACAAGAAAUAAGAAAGAGAUUAAGGCAGCAAGGAAUGGACCCAAGUGUUGCUGAAACUGUGGUUCAGAUUGGUGAUAGGAAUAACGAUGGCCGUCUUGAUGAAUCAGAAUUCUUGCAAUACUGCACUGAUCAAGAGAAAAAACUGUGGACUGUGUUUCAUUACGUGGAUGCCAAUAAAGAUGGUGCUAUAGAUUCAGACGAGAUAAAAGUGAAACUAAGCGAAAUUAAUAUCCGGAUAUCUGAUGAGGACGCUAAAAAGCUCCUUAGAAAGAUGGAUAAAGAUGGCGAUGUGAAAAUCACUUGGGAGGAAUGGAGAGACUUCCUUCUCUUGCAUCCAAACACAAAUUGGAAAGAAAUAUCAAAAGUUUGGAGACAUGCUACGUUUGGUAAUAUUGGUGAGUAUGUGGACACUCCAGCGAUUCCUGAUGAGCUAUCAACAGAAGAGAAGGACUCAGGAAUAUGGUGGAAGCAGAUAAUAGCAGGAGGAGGAGCUGGAGCAGUGUCUCGUACUGUUACUGCUCCGUUGGAUCGCCUGAAGGUUUUCUUUCAAGUUCAGUCUAUGACAGGGAAGUCUUAUACCAUCAGAAGCUGCCUGGGAGGGAUGGUGAGUGAAGGAGGGGUGAGGUCUCUCUGGAGAGGAAACGGAACCAACGUUAUCAAAAUAGCACCAGAAUCGGCACUGAGGUUCUUCGCUUUUGAGAAGAUUAAAGCAUUAUUAAAGCAAGAUGACCAACCUCUUAAAGUUUACGAGCGACUGUUGGCUGGUUCUACAGCUGGAGUCAUUGCACAGACUACCAUUUAUCCCAUGGAGGUUCUAAAGACGAGGUUAGCCCUGGGUACUACUGGCCAAUACUCUGGUAUCAUUAAUUGUUUUAAUAAGAUUCGAGUCACUGAAGGCUAUCGUUCAUUCUAUCGCGGUCUCACUCCGAGUCUGUUAGGGAUAAUACCGUAUGCUGGGAUAGACCUAGCUGUUUAUGAGACUCUAAAGAACCUUUGGUUGAAGAGACAUGAUGAGAGCGAGCCUGGAGUAUUGAUACCAUUAGCCUGUGGUACAGUAUCCAGUACCUGUGGACAACUAGUCAGCUAUCCACUCUCUCUUGUUAGGACUAGACUACAAGCACAAACCUCUUCACCUCAAGGCAAAGAAACAAAGGGUAUGAUAGAUACAGUUUAUACAAUAACAGCGAAUGAAGGAGUAAGGGGCCUUUAUAGAGGCAUAUUGCCAAACUUUCUUAAAGUAAUACCAGCAGUUUCUAUUGGCUAUGUCGUGUAUGAGAAAUUUAAAGUACUUCUUAAAGUCAGCACGGUCAAAUAAUUAUUUAUUACAGUAUUAUUAUAUAAUUUAUUAUAAUAAUUAUUGUCACUGAUCAUUCUCGUUAUUAUUAAUUAUUAAUUGAUGUAGUUAAUGUGUAGUUAUUAAUUUUGCGUGCAUAAAAAGAGCUGAAAAGGAA